CAAACACGGACGCUUCAAGUUAUGCUUGUUCACCCGCACAGCCGCCUCUCCUUGGCUGGCAGCGCGUCGCAUACUCCUCUUUCUUUGCACACUCUCAUCUACACGUCAAUCACACUCAUUCGGCCUUCUUCAACACUUUCGCCUUCGUUGGAACUGCUCCCUCGUUUAUGACUUUUUAAUCUCUCUCCUUUCUUUGCUGCAUCCUUUUCUAUUGCACGACCAAUCACAUCCAGCACUUUCGUCAUUCUCACAACACUCUCUCUAUACACAUCAUGCGUUCCUUACCUUCAAUUCUCGCCGGCAGCCUGCUAGCCCGCAGCGUAGCAGCUGAUGUUAUUGCCGGGUUCAAUUCCGGCAGCACCUUCGCCGAUGGCAGCAUCAAGCAGCAGUCCGACUUCGAGGCAGAGUUCAAGGCUGCUGCUGGCCUCGAAGGGGCUCCAGUCAAAUUCAACUCGGUCCGUCUGUACACCAUGGUUCAGGGAGGGACGACCAACGACCCAAUCUCUGCUUUCCCUGCCGCUAUCGCGACAAACACGACGAUGCUCCUUGGUAUCUGGUGCUCCGGCACGACCACGAUUCAGAACGAUCUUGACGCGUUGAGCUCUGCACUUAAUCAGUACGGCUCUGACUUCGCGAACUUGGUGGUCGGCAUCUCUGUUGGCAGUGAGGACUUGUACCGAAACUCGGCGACCGGUGUUGCGAACAAGGCAGGAGUUGGCGCUGACCCUUCAGUUGUCGCUGGCUUCAUCAGUCAAGUCCGUGACACGGUCAAGGGCACUCUCUUGGAGAAUACCCCCAUUGGUCACGUAGACACAUGGGAUGUUUGGGGAAACAGCUCUAACAAGGCUGUUCUUGACGCCAUUGACUUCCUUGGCGUCGACGCAUAUCCUUACUUUGAGAGCAAUAAGGGCAACAACUCCAUCGAGAACGCACUCACGCUGUGGGAUGAGGCCAUGCAAGCUGUAACAGCCGCUGCCGGCGGUAAACCCAUCUGGAUUACUGAGACUGGCUGGCCAGCCACUGGUCCAGACUGGGGCGAGGGUGUGCCUUCAGUCGCCAAUGCGAAGACCUACUGGGACGAGGUCGGCUGUACCUUGUUCGGCAAGACCAAUACCUGGUGGUACACUCUUCGUGACAGCAACCCUGCCGAUGAGGCUCAGUUCGCUAUUACCGACAACUUGUCCACGACUCCCAAGUUCAACCUUACCUGCCCACCUCAGAAAGCUGCUACCACGGGCACUACAACCGGUUCAACGACUUCAGCCACUGGCAGCAUCACCAAUGGUACUUCACCUGCAACUGGUGGCGAGUCCGGUUCGUCCUCAUCAUCUUCAUCUUCAUCGGCUGCUGGCUCCUCUGGCUCUGCUGUUGCAAGUGCUUCUGGGUCUGGUUCUGCCUCCAUUGCUCCUCACUCUCUACUUGCAGCUGUCAUCUUGGUAGCGGCAACUAUCUUUGCUUUGUGAGUGGAUUGAUCCACGCCAAUCUCGUCGGCCUGUCUUCAGGAAAAGCACCCCACAUCAAAUAUGCCGCGAUUUGAAGCAUACUGAGCGAAUAAUAGAACGGCGUUGGGUAUUGCAAUUUAUAUUGUCAGGGCGUAUUCAGUGCCCCCGGAAAAGAAUACAGUUCUCUUUCUAUUAAUGACAUGGGCAAAAAUACUUGUACCGUGAAUACACAUCAUCCCAACCGUGAGACGCUUCGUUUUUUCAGGUUUAAACGCAUUACGUGCCUCGAUAGCAUAGAGUGUAUUCGACUCUAUGAACUCUCCUCGUGCUCAAGGUUUGGCUUUUCUCAUCAUGUGCUCGUCUCCGAUCAACUCAUCUUCCAUACGCCGCGGAAGCCCGGGAAGCUUAUUGUGUCGCGGAAAUUUAACAGAGUUGCAGUGCAAAGUGUUCAACUUUCGACAUUCAAUACACCUUGCAAUCACAGCUAGCUUCAUGAAGGGUUUCGAGAGCUUCCACAAACGCGGUCUGGCAGCAUUACGGAUUUGCUCGGUUGAUUAGUC